AUGAACGUUAGUAAUAGAAUGACAGCUUUAGAAUGGACUACAUUAAGUAAAUUAACAGAACGUAAUAUAUUUAAUUUUUAUGGAGCAGCGGGGCAACCUGUAUUAACAGAAAUUAAAUUAUGGAAUGUAGGGACACAUAAACAUAGUGUGGUUUAUAUACUUCUUGGCACAUGUUUAUUAGCAUUGCUUGGAGUAUCUGCAAUUGCACCUCUUAGCAUUCAAACCUGUGCUGUAAUAUAUAAUUCAAUAUUAGUAGAAACUAAUGUUGUUAAUCCAGAUAUACUUAGCCGUGCGAUUAAUACCACAUUUACAAAUCAAUUGUCACAAGUUAGAAUAUGUGGAGUGAUUGUCUGGCAACCAUGUCCUAGAAUGAUAGAUAGAGGUCAGAUCAAUAGUUCAUACGCAGCAGACUUUAAUAAGACAUAUAGUCAUAUAGCAAUAAGAUAUCGUUUAUUGAAAACUAGUAGCAAUGAUAAUUUCACAUAUCCUGCAUAUGAUUUUAUGAUAGGUGAAGUGACAAGUGCACAAGCAGGAUAUGGUAUUGUUGAUACAAUGAUUGUAGAUCAUGAUAUUGGAGGAUUUUUAGCAAGUUAUACGAUUCAACCUAA